CAACGACUGUCUGAAGAGGAUUCAUUAAAAUGCUGAUCUUAUUCCAACUGCUGCUGCUGCUCGGAGCGACGCGAAGUGCAUUCGGUCAGAUCUUUGAGACAAAGACUGCUGAUGUCGGAGAUGAUGUGAAGUUGACGUGCAGCCGCCAGAAGACAAAUGUAUCGGCCAAAUUAUUUUUGUUUCUGGAAACUUGCCUGAAUUCUUGGGAGGAACACCUUCCUAUGAUGAUGAUCGUGUUAAUAAGACUCCUCACUUUACAGUCAAACAAGAGCCUGGAAGCUUUGUUCUGUACAUUAACAAAGCAGAGCCGAGUGAUGCUGGAGGUUACUACUGCAUGGAACAAAAUUACCUUCACAUGAAAUUAUUGAGUGGAACAUUUCUGAAAAUUAAAGGACCAGAACCUGAUAUAACGGCCGUCCUUCAAGUCCGUCCAUCUGACCCGGUCGGUUCAGGAGACUCUGUGACUCUGCAGUGUUCCGUCCUGUCCGACUCUGACAACCGAACAUGUCCAACAUAUGACAAGCUGUACUGGUUCAGAGCUGAUGAAUCUCAUCCCAGUUUAGUUUAUGUUCAUGGCAGUAGUGGUGAUGAAUGCAACAAGAGCCUUGAAGCUCGAUCACCCCACAGAUGUGUCUUCAAUUCCUGUAAGAGUUUUAGUUCCUCUGAUUUUGGGACUUAUUACUGCGCUGUGGUCACAUGUGGAGAGAUUUUAUUUGGACGAGGAAUAAAACUGGAAAAUGAAGUGGUCAACAUCUGGAAUGAACAGAAGGCCAAUACAGUUCUGUGUCUGUUAAGUGCUACAUUGGCUAUAAGCCUGAUUGUUGUUGUCGUCCUGUUCAAGAAGAAAAUGUGUGAUUGUUGCAAAGCUGGAGUUUCUUUACAAACAGAGGCUGCAGCAGUCGGUGGUAAUCCGCCAAGUCAGCAGAGACACGAGGACUCAUUGGUUUAUUCUACAGCAACCUUCAGCAGGAGGAAGGCUGGCAAAACAACGGUCUACUCUGAUGUCAGAGCUUAUGGAAUAGAUUAACAAUCCAAACAGUUGACUUUCUGAUUUAAAGAGCUAUUAUCAUUCAUGGCUUGAACAUUGUCAAAUGAACAGUCAUUCCCAUAAAGUGUCACAUCUGAUGUUUAUAACAAUAUUUGGAUCGUAUUAAAAAUAUUUGUAUAAAACGCAUUUGCAAAUGCUUUUGGUGACACCCGACAGAACUGUCACUCACACUUUUCAGCUUCUAUGCUCCCUUCACUGGUUACCAGUAGCUGCCCACAUCCGUUUCAAAACACUAGUACUCGUGUACGAUGCGGCGAACGGAUCGGGUCCAGUCUCCAUCCAGGACACGGUCAAACUUCAAACCCCAGCCCGUCCACUUCUCUCUGCAUCUACCAAUCGGCUUGUUGCUUCCUCACUGCGACUUUAACACUGAACUAAAUCACCACUGUUUGCUGUCCUGGCUCCUCAAUGGUGGAACGAGCUCCCCAUUAACAUCAGGACAGCAGAGAGUCAACCCAUCUUCCACAGCAAACUAAAAACACAUCUCUUCCGACUUUACCUUGAAUAAAAAAAAAGAAAAAGAAAAAAAAAAACACCCUCUGGCACUUUUAGUUUGGCUUCUUGAAGAAAAUGUUACAUUCUUGAUUCUUGUUGUUCUGGGUUCGUACCCUCAUGGUUGAUGCACUUAUUGUAAAUUGGUUUGGAUCAAUGCUUCAGCUGAAUGAAAUGAAAUGUAAUGUUACUGUGUAUUUGUUUUAUUUUUAACCUUUUUUAUUUUUAGAGGUCAAUUGUGCUUCUACUCAAACUGGCUUUUUGAAAGAUUCAAACUUUCACUCUGUCUCUUAUGCAAAUUAAAUCUAUGAAUAAUAUGUUUGUUUGUGUUUAUUGUUUAAAUCUUAAUACGUGAAAUGCACUGUAAAAAAACUAAAUCUAGAAUUAACAUUUGACAUUAAAACAAAAAAUAUGUUACCAAUAAACUAAACCUCAUAGUGAAGCUUUUAGGGAAAAAAUUGUUUUUGUUAUCUCUGAAUCAUUGAUUUAGAUUUGCAAGAUCAGCAAACUCAACUACAUUAAUGCUCAUGUUACUCCAUAUGUCUGAUAGAAAUAAGUAACUGUUUGCACACUUAUUGUUGUUCAUAGUGGGGGGGUAACCUGUCAACCAUGUGCAUUUAACUGAGAGCUUCAGAUGAGUCAUUCGAAACCCUCACCACAGCAAUGCUUAAGUUUCCAUUUGGUCUUCGUUGUUGACUGUGCACGUGUGUUUCUGUGUUUUUUGCUGUAGUUUUAACCCCAUGACUUGAAAAUGUAUAAUUAUUACUUAGAUAAGUUUCACAGAUAGUUCAACUUGUACCAUGAACUUUCAUUUUUUGGUCUUUUUUGAUGUUGUCCACUUUGUUGUGUUUUAUAAACUCGAUGUGAAUGUGUUUCUGAGAUACUGUGGCAGUGGAGCUCUGCUUCCUGCUCACAGCCGCCUGUAGAGAAUACAGAGGAUGGACGGUGUGACCACAACCACCUCCCACCUCAACAUGCUGUGCUUGAUGUGCUGUGUGGGGGGGUCAUCACUGGCUCGUGUAGCAUUUCACUGUGUCAAAAAGCUGCAUACUCCUUUUUGUCUCUAAUUAAUUAAAUAUAAACUG